AUGGAGGUCGGAAGUAAAAUCGCCUCCUUUUUCUUCACUGAAUUUCUGGAUGAUCACGAGGCCAGAGAGACGUUUGAUAUCUUCAAAGAGUAUUACCUAGUUUUGGAGGUGAUAAUACCAUCAAAGAGAGAUAAGAGGGGGAAAAUAUUUAGUUUUGUUCGCUUCAGAAACAUUGAGGAUAGUAGGAUGAUGGCUAUUAAACUAGAUAACAUCAUGAUCAAUGGUAGGAAAGUACAUGCUAAUAUACCAUGGUUUCAAAGAAGAAAUGCAUGGUCAAGAAAUGAUAAGAACUUUCAACCUUCAAAGAAUAUGGUGAACUCUGACAACAAAAAUAACAGGCACAUGGGAGAUAUGUCGAGACAGAACAUUAGACCUGAUGUUUCUUUCGCUCAAGUUGUGGGAGGAGGUAGAAAGGGUAAACAAAACAAUCUGGAAUGGAAGACAUAUGAAAGUAAAGAAAACUACCUUAAUGCAAAACCAUCAUUUGCACAUUUAAUUUUUUAA